CGGGCCGUCGGGGCCUGUGCCGGCGCCGAGCGCUUUGGUCUGUCCUGUGGUUACUCGCCGACGCGCCGCUCCUGUCCCUCGCGCGGUGGUCCCCACGCCUGGUGCAGCCCCUCACAGCUCCUGCCCACGCGCCGGCCGGUCAGAGCACUGGGCCUCUCUCAGACCACUUAGUGUCAGUCGGGGAGUGGUUUCCUCUACUGGAGAAUGAAACAUGACUGAGGACUUUCAGAGAAACUUCCGUUCAGUAUAUUAUGAGAAAGUGGGGUUUCGUGGAGUUGAAGAAAAGAAAUCACUAGAAAUUCUCCUAAAAGAUGAUUGUCUGGAUAUUGAGAAACUUUGUACUUUUAGUCAGAGGUUCCCUCUCCCGUCCAUGUAUCGUGCGUUGGUAUGGAAGGUGCUUCUAGGGAUCCUACCUCCACACCACGAGUCCCACGCCCAGGUGAUGACAUAUCGCAAGGAACAGUACUCUGAUAUCCUUCAUGCCCUGCAAGUCAUUCGCUUCAUCAGUGAUGCCACCCCUCAGGUUGAAGUCUAUCUCCGUAUGUAUCAGUUGGAGUCUGGGAAGUUGCCGCGAAGUUCCUCUUUUCCGCUGGAGCCGGAAGAUGAAGUAUUUCUUGCCAUUGCUAAAGCCACAGAAGAGAUGGUGGAAGAUAGCAUCGACUGUUACUGGAUCAUCCGAUGCUUUGUGAACCAAUUAAAGAACAAGUACCGGGAUUCUCUACCCCAGCUGCCAAAGGCUUUUGAACAGUACUUGAACCUGGAAGACAGCAGAUUGCUAAAUCAUCUGAAGACGUGUUCUGCAACGUCUAGACUUCCCUAUGAUCUCUGGUUCAAGAGGUGCUUUGCAGGCUGCUUGCCUGAAUCCAGUCUACAGAGAGUUUGGGAUAAAGUUGUAAGCGGAUCCUGUAAGAUCCUAGUUUUUGUAGCUGUGGAAAUUUUAUUAACCUUUAAAAUAAAAGUAAUGGCACUCAACAGUGCUGAGAAGAUCACAAAGUUUCUGGAAAAUAUUCCCCAGGACAGCUCGGAUGCGAUUGUGAGCAAGGCCAUCGACUUAUGGCACAAACACUGUGGGACCCCGGUACAUUCAGCCUGAGCGCUCCUGAUGCUUCGGGACAGUCUGCCAGGCCUGCCUUGAGCAUUCUGUUUUGGGGACAUGGUCUACUAAACUGAGUGAAAAUCACGUUCUUGCUCUGGUGCUCGAGGCGUAACUUCUUUUGCCAGUAAAAUUAUUUAAUUAAGAUAACUGCUGUUGCUGUGUUGCAGAGCAGCACCUUUUGGUUAUUCAGAAGCACACAGUUCAGCUCUGAACAGCAUUUUUAAAGGGUUGUUAGAAAAUAACUCCCAGUUUUAAAGGCAUUCAGUCAAGGUGGGUGGGCAUAUUACUAAGCAGCGCACUAAGCCUGCCUGCCUCUCCCUAAUUAGCGUCAAGCUAGCUACUGUCUAAGGUCUAUUUCUGGAAUAAAGAACAAAUUCCCUUUCUUGACACCUCAGAUUUGGCUUUUGUCGAUUCAGUACUUGUUUAAAUCUAAGAUGUCUUUUGAGGCUUCAUCUUGCUAAAUUGGCUUUAAACAAGUUCUUACAUUUUUUUUCUCUUUGUGAAAAAUGAAAUUAAAGUUGCUGAACAAAAUCUGUCUAAAUUUACCUACUAGAAUUUUUUCUUGAUGGGUUAUUAAAUGCUGGGAGGGCUGUAGGAGCAUUCCACCACACACAGUAGAAGAGGGAGAAACUGCAAGCUCGUGGCCCUGGGCCGUAUUGUGCCACAUAAUAGAAGCCAUUCAGUGGAUAGUUCCAAACUUUGAGACUUCAGUCAGUGAGAUGGGGCCCUUUGUCUAAGACUGGCAUGUGAGAGAGGAAUACAGGGAUGGCACGAUUCAUCUGUCAGACGUAUAAGAGCCUGAACUGGGUUCUCCACCACCUCUCCCCUCCCAAAGAAGAGGGAGAAAAUGAAAUGAUGGAGCUGCAGUUCUGAGAAUUAAGUCCUUCCCAAAUGUGUAAACUACAUAUUGAGAAAGACUUCAGAGAAACCCAAGUUGUUGAAACCAGCUGGUUCUUCUGUAACAUAUCCAGGAGUAUUUAAUUUUUUAAAACCAAACAUCACACUGAGAAGAAAACCUCCCUGUCUUACGCUGGGUUCUUAGAGAAGCAAAACCAGUGAAGCGCAUAUAUAUAUGGAGAGAGAGAUUGAUUUAUCUCAAGGAAAUGGCUUACGCCAUUGUAGAGGUUGAAAAGUCCUAAGUCUGUGAGUCUUUCUGGAAGCUUCUGAUGCAUGAAGCUGCAGGGGCUGACAGUCCCAAGAUCACCAGGUAAGGUGGCAGGGUGCUGGCUCACAGGCUACAGUGGCUGUUGAAUCCAAGAUCACUAGUUAAGACGGCAGGUUACUGGCUCAAGUCCCAAGAGCUGGAGGUCAGAUGAUAAUGAGCCGGAUACAGAAUUCAGAGAGCAAAAGCCAGUGAGCUUUGCCAGAACGACCGUAUAUAUUGGAUGUGGGACACACCCCUCAGGACACUCCUCUUAUAACUGAUUGAUCACACCAGAUUACAUCGUGGAGGUGCUUAAAUUAUAUCACAAAAUGAAGAAAUUAUUACGUAAGUGCCAAGUCACAUCAUUACGUAACUGCCAAACCUUCAUUACAUAACUGCCAAACUACUGAGAAUCAUGGCCCAGCCAAGUUGAUACAACCUUAACCAUCACAGUCCACCCCUUAUCGACUUGGUACCUGUACACAUAUCCUUAAACCAUACACAGUCUUAAAUAAAGACAAUUACAAAGCCAUACUUGCACAUAACAUAAUAAAACAAACGUGUACAACUGAAAAUGCACUAGCCCUGGUUACAUCUUAUAUAAGUGAAGAAAACAAGAACAUUUGAUGCACACAUACAAGAAAAGAAUAAAUUAUAGCCCCCGUUUCUGCAACUGGUCACGUAGUCAUAACUGGUAUUUAGAACUACCUACUAAAACUAAAAAAAGAAAAAAAUUUUUUUUUUUUUUUUUUUACUUCCACCACCCAUUCUGUAUUCCCUUUGCCCUCAGCAAGCACCUCAGCUGGUUUUGGUUCUUUGGUGGGGUGACCCAUUCCUGAAGGGUCUGGGCCAUUAGUAGUCAUGUCAGAAUUGGGUUGCUGUAGUUUUCCAUUGACUUUAAUCACAGGGCAUGGUAGUAUUAACAGACAUCCUGAGGGAUCUUCUGUAUUCCAGACAUACUCUACCUCCAUUAUAUAAUAGCAAUCUAAUUUCCCCUUGGUAAUGAGGAUCGAUCAUACCAGCUGAUAACACUAACCCCCUUCUUUGCCUGUUGCUGCAGAAGCAUGAGGAGCCCAAAGUGGCCAGGUGGCAUUCUUAACUUCCAGUUCAGUGGAAUCAUUGUGUUUCCUGGAGGGAGCAUUCCUCCCAUUAGAACUAAGACCUCUAGACUCACAGAGCAUAGAUGUGCAUAGACAGGAAAAAUUUUAUGAGUGGGUCACUCCUAUUUCCACCCCUUGAUUUCUGAAACUAUGAAUCUUGGCUAUGGGGAGAAAGAGCACCAUGUAUUGGACACUGGUUUAGAGCAUAUGCAGCCUCCUGGAAAACACUGCCCCAACCCUGGAAGGUAUUACCAUCUAGCUGGUGCCACAAUUGUGUCUUAGAGAAGACCAUUCUAUCGUUCUAUCAAACCAGCUGCUUCAGGAUGAUGGGGAACAUCGUUUAAGACCAGUGAAUUGUGUGAUCAUGGACCCAUUGCUGUACUUCCUUUGCUGUGAAGUGAGCCCCUUGAUCUGAGGCAAUGCUGUGUGGGAUACCAUGACAGUGGCUAAAGCAUUCUGUAAGUCCACAAAUGGUAGUUUUGGCAGAAGCAUUGCAUGCAUGGAAGGCAAAUCCAUAUCGAGAGUAAGCUUCUGUUCCAGAAAGGACAAAACACUGCCUUUUCCAUGAUGGAAGUGGUCCAGUGUAAUCAGCCUACCACCAGCUUGCUAGAUGAUCACCGUGAGGAAUAGUGCCAUGUGGGGGACUCAGUGUUGGUCUCUGCUGCUGACAAGUUGGGCACUUAGCAGUGGCAGUAGUCAAGCUGGCCUUAGCAAGUGGAAGUCCAUGUUGCUGACCCUAUGCGUAACCUCCAUUCCUGCCACCCUGGCCACUUUGUUCAUGAGCCCAUUGGGCAAUGACAGGAGUGGCUAGGGAAAGAGGGUGUCAUCCUAUCCACUUGUUAAAAUCCUCUGCUGAGGUCACCCUUUGGUGAGCAUUCACAUGAGACACAAAUAUCUUCACUUCUUUGGCCGAUUCAGAAAGGUUUAUCCACAUACUUCUUCCUUAUACCUCCUUGUCUCCCAAUUUUCUAAUCGUGUUCCUUCCAAGUCCCUGACCAUGCAACCAAACCAUUGGCCACAGCCCAUGGAUCAGUACGCAGUUGCACAUCUGGCCAUUUCUCCUUCCAAGUAAAGUGAACAACCAGGUGCACUGUUUGACAUUCUGCUCGUUGGGAGGAUUUCCCUUCACCACUGUCCUUCAAGGAGGCCCCUGAAAGGGACUGUAGUGCUACCGCUGUCCACUUUUGAGUGCUGCCUGCAUAUCCCACAGAAUAACCUGUAAACCAGGCAUGAGUUUUCUCUUCCUCAGUCAACUGAUCAUAAGGAACUUCCCAUGAAGCCAUAGGUGCAGAGUGGGAGGGCAGAUAAUGUGACAGGAAUGGAGACCAUGGGCAUUUGGGCCACUUUCUCAUACAACUAACUUGUGCCUUCAAGUCUUGCUUGAGUCUGUUCUCGUAUAUACCACUUCCAUUUAAUGAUGGAGUGCUGCUGUGCGUGUUCAACUUUAUGGCUCUGUGGGUCAGACAACACCCAGCUCAUGAUGGGCAGCUCAGGCUGCAUAGAGUCUCGGUGACCCAUGGGUAAGCGUUCAGUCUUUACUAAGGCCCAGUGAAAAGCCAAAAGCUGUUUCUCAAAAGGAGAGUAGUUGUCUGCAAAGGAUGGCAGGGCUAUGUUCCAAAAUUCUAAGACUGCAAACAGCAUCUCUGCCACAGACACUUCAACACCAUUGGAUCAGCUGGAUCAUAUGGCCCAAGUGGUAGAGCAGCUUACAUGGCAGCUGAAACUGUUGUAGAGCCUUCUUAUGUUCUGGGCCCCACUCAAAACAAGCAGCUUUUCGAAUCGAUAAAUGGGCGGGAGUAGCACAACCAGAUAAGGGCUAUGUUGCCUCCAAAAUCAAAAGAGGCCCACCAGGUGUUGUGCCUCCUUUUUAGUUGUGAGAGAGGCCAGGUGAAAUAACAUCCUUAAUUUUGAAAGGAAUAUCUCGACAUGCCCCACACCACUGGACCCCUAGAAAUUUCACUGAGGUGGAAGGCACCUGAAUUUUUGUUAAUUUCCCAUGCAAAUGUUUUACCAGUAAGUCCGGAGUCAUUCACACUUCUUCCAUAAUAGGUCCAAUCAGCAUAAGGUCAUCAAUGUAAUGGAUCAGUGUGAUGUUUUGGGGAGGGGAAAGGCGAUCAAGGUCCCUGUGGACUAAGUUAUGAGAUAUGACUGGAGACUUGAUAUAGUUCUGAAGUAGGACAGUGAAGGUGUAUUGCCGACCUUCCAUCUGAAGGCAAACUGCUUCCGGUGUUCCUUCAAAAAUGGAAUCAAGAAGAAGGCAUUGGCCAGAUACCAGGUUGUUGUUGUUGUUAGGUGCUGUUGAGUUCAUUCUGACUCAUAGCGACCCUGUGCACAACAGAACGAAACACUGCCCAGUCUUGUGCCAUCCUAAUAAUCAUUGUUAUGCUUGAGCCCAUUGUUGCAGCCACUGCAUCAAUCCAUCUCAUUGAAGGUCUUCUUGUUUUCUGAUGACCCUGUAUUUUACCAAACAUGAUGUCCUUCUUCAGGGACUGAUCCCUCCUGACAACAUGUCCAAAGUAGGUAAGACGCAGUCUCGCCAUCCUUGCUCCUAAGGAGCAUUCUGGUUGUACUUCUACCAAGAUGGAUUUGUUCGUUCUUUUGGCAGUCCAUGGUAUAUUCAAUAUUCUUCUCCAACACCACAAAUCAAAGGCAUCAAUUCUUCUUUGGUCUUCCUUAUUCAUUGCCCAGCUUUCACAUGUAUAUGAUGCAAUCGAAAAUACCAUGGCUUGGGUCAGGCGCACCUUAGUCUUAAAGGUGACCUCUUUGCUUUUCAACACCUUAAAUAGGUCCUUUGCAGCAGAUAUGCCCAAUGCAAUGCAUCCUUUGAUUUCCAUGGGUGUUGUGGAUCCAAGUAAAAUGAAAUCCUUGACAAGUUCAAUCUUUUCUCUGUUUAUCAUGAUGUUGCUUAUUGGUCUAGUUGUGAGAAUUUUUGUUUUCUUUAUGUUGAGGUGAAAUCCAUACUGAAGGCUGUGGUCUUUGAUCUUCAUCAGUAAGCACUUCAAGUCCUCUUCACUUUCAGCAAACAAGGUUGUGUCAUCUACGUAACAGAGGUUGUUAAUAAGUCUUCCACCAAUUCUGAUGCCACAUUCUUCUUCAUAUAGUCCAGCUUCUCAGAUUUUUUGCUCAGCAUACAGAUUGAAUAGGUAUGGUGAAAGGAUACAACCCUGACGCACUCCUUUCCUGACUUUAAACCACUCAGUAUCCCCUUGUUCUGUCUGAACAACUGCCACUUGAUCUAUGUACAGGUUCCUCAUGAGCACAAUUAAGUGUUCUGGAAUUCCCAUUCUUUGCAAUGUUAUCCAUAAUUUGUUAUGAUCCCCACAGUAGAAUGCCUUUACAUAGUCACUAAAAUACAGGUAAACGUCCUUCUGGUAUUCUCUGCUUUCAGCCAGGAUCCAUCUGACAUCAGCAAUGAUAUCCCUGGUUCCACGUGCUCUUCUGAAUCCGAGGAGAUAUAUUAAUUUGCUGAAGCAAUGAAACCGCAUCUGGAACAGCAGCUACAAUUGAAGUCACCACCUGUAAAGUUUAUGAUAAUCCACUGUCAUUCUCCAAGAUCCAUCUGUCUUUUCACACAGUCCAAAUAGG